UAAUCCUGCUCCGUUCCCAAAAACAGAACAGAGUUAAUUUCUUAAAACGCGAACUCCUCAUUUUUACUUCUUCCAUUUUUUUUAAACUCCAAGAUCAGCUUUUUUAGGGUCUCUUAAAAGAAAAAAAAAAACAAAGAAAGAAGGGGAAGAGAUGCAGCAAUGGCGGCCAGAGAACGCGGCGAUGACCUUCGACGAGGUCUCAAUGGAGAGAAGCAAGAGCUUCAUCAAGGCCCUUCAGGAGCUGAAGAACCUGAGGCCUCAGCUUUACUCUGCGGCAGACUACUGUGAGAAGUCAUAUCUUCACAAUGAACAGAAGCAGAUGGUACUGGAUAAUUUAAAAGACUAUGCCGUCCGUGCACUCGUCAAUGCUGUUGACCACCUCGGUACUGUUGCUUAUAAAUUGACAGACCUCUUUGAACAACAGACAAUGGAUAUCUCCUCUGUGGAGCUUAAGAUUUCUUGUCUGAAUCAGCGUGUUCUUACGUGCCAAACUUACGUGGACAAAGAAGGUUUAAGGCAACAGCAGAUAUCGGUUACAGCUCCAAGACACCACAAGCAUUACAUUCUACCAAAUUCUGUCAAUCAAAAGGGAGCCAGAAAUCAAUUGUCACAAGCACAAGCAAAACCUCGUCCUCAUUCUACAGGUACUCCUGCAUCAAAAACACUUUCGUGGCAUCUUGCCUCAGAAGCCAAUCCUGCAACAGGUGAAGCUUCCAAUGCAACUAAAAGCAGUGGAAACUCCAGAGAUUUUAAAUUAACUCCCGAGUUUCAUCUGCUAGGUCCGAAAGAGACUGCAUCAUCACUGUCGUCCACUCAUCUUCGGUCAAGCAGCGGGGCUUCCGGCCUGCAACCUUUUAUGAUGAAAGAUCCUUUUGAGGUCCCCAAGCCCUUAGCAGCAUUCAAGUCUUUUGAAAAUCCUCGCCGUGAUUUGAUUAAGGCUCCUGUUCGAAGUAGAAGCAUGAUGUCUUUAUUUUUCGCCAAAUCAAAAGCCUCAAAACCGAGGAGGACUUACGCACACUGAUUGGCUUCUGAUCGAAAUGAGAAGUCCUUGACCUGGAACGCUUGGAUUCAAGUUCUCCAAUCUUGCCUUCGGACUCGCAACUUAGUAAAGAACCUCUGUAUAUGUGACUUUUGCUAGUUUUUCCGGGGGUGACGAGAAGUGAUUUAUGCCGAAAAUCCAAUCCAUAGAUAGAAAUAUUUGUUUAUAUGUUCAAUUUUAUACGUUUUGAGAGAUUUCUUAUUGAUGUUAGUCUUGAUUCUUGGUUUCAUUAGUUGUGAAUUCUAUUGGGUAUUCUUAAGCGUGUGAUGAAUGUUUCCGUACUAUGUUGAUGGACUGGAUCAGAUGGUAUUAUGAGGAAUAAAAAUAUGAUGUUGACUGUUUA